GCCCUAGGUGUCAGCGGCAUAUCAUGUGACUCUCGCCCCCGUUCCUCUUCCUCCCUGCAAAUCUGUGCACUUCGCAAUCGCUCCGCUGCAGGCGGCGGGGCCAGGCUCAGAAGCGAAGGGGAUGGAGGACACAGUAGCGGAGAAGAAGCCCCGGACCGCCGGCGACGGAGAUGGAGACGGCUGCAACGGCGAGCCGUCCGGCACCGCAGAGAGCGGCGGCGGCGGCGGCCUUGUCGAGAGGCUCCCCGAGGCGCUCCUGGUGGAGGUGCUGGGCCGUCUCGACCUCGACGACGCCUGCUCCUCCGCCGCGUCCUGCCGCUCGCUCCACGCCGCCGCCAACGCUGCCCUCUCCGCUCUCACCGCCCUCGACCUCUCCGACUUUGCCCCGUCGAAUGCCAUCCUAGGCAGGAUUCUCGCGGGGAACGGCGCGGUCCGCAGCCUCACCGUCAACUGCAGCCUCCUUGACGACUCCGCCGCCUCCGUCAUCGCCAGGGGUAGCCUGCGCGAGCUCUCGCUGCUCAAGUGCUCCUUCUCCAUGAGCUUCUUUGUGGCUCUCGGUGGUGCAUGCUGCAAUUUAAGGUCGUUGAAGCUGGAGAUGGCAGUUGCUCCAGACAUUCUAUAUUCUCGCUAUUCUGGAUUCGGUACUUGCCUAGCGCCUAUCUAUACGGGAUGUGUUUACUUGGAGACUCUUUGGGUGAAGUUCCCUCUGCUAGAUCCACGCACAGCUGAUUAUGAGACUGGAACUGGAUUGCCUCUCAUUCCUAGUAACAUCAAAGACCUGUUGCUACAACCUGUAUCUCAUUUGAGGGCAAAGACAGUCUUCGUGAAAACCACGAGUCUGAACAAACACAUCACUGACAAUUUGGAAUCACUCUCUCUAGUUCUUGACACGAUAACAGAUGAACUUGUUACGUUGAUCACCAGUAAUGUCCACAAGUUGGUUGAGCUGUGCCUGGAAGAUGAACCUGUUACCCAACCAAAUUUGCCUGAAGAUUUGACAAAUGUCGGGCUUCAAGCACUUGGCUUGUGCCACAACUUGAGACAUUUGUCUCUGACACGGCGUUGCUGUGACUUCAGACGGGUAAAUGACUUUGGGAUACUGAUGCUUGCUGAUGGAUGCAAGCAACUGAGAACCAUUAGAUUUGGUGGGUUUUCUAAAGUAAGUGAUGCAGGGUAUGCAGCCCUUCUCCACUCUGGAAAAGACCUGAAGAAGUUUGAGGUCAGCAAUGGCUCAUGCCUGUCAGACUUGGCAUGCCUAGAUCUUGAUAAGGCAGCUCCAAACAUUUCAGAAGUGAGGUUGCUUAACUGUGCUCUCCUAACUAGUGAUACAGCCAUAUCUCUAGCACCCUGCACUAACUUGAAGGUUCUCGAUCUCUCUGGUUGCAAGAGCAUUGCAGACUCUGGCUUGGUUUCCAUCUCACAGCUUCCCAAUCUAACUCUACUGGAUCUUGCUGGAGCUGACAUUACUGAUGCUGGUUUAUCAGCACUCGGUAAUGGGAGGUGCCUGAUAUCUUCUUUGUGCUUGAGAGGGUGCAGAAGGAUCGGCAGUAAUGGAAUAGCUUCACUGUUGUGCGGGACUGGCACCAUCAACAAAACAUUGGUUUCGCUUGACAUUGGGAAUGUACCAAGAAUAUCAUGUCGAGCUGUAACAGUGAUUGCCAGAAAUUGUGAGCAGAUAAGCAGCCUGUGCCUGCGGAAUUGCCUCCUCAUAACCGAUUCGUCUCUCGAGGUGCUAGGUUCUAUGAGAUGUGACUCCAGUAAAUGUUCCCUGAGAAUGCUUGAUCUUGCCUACUGCAGUAAGCUGUCUCGUAACUUCCUGAGACACUUUGAGCCACCACUGUUCCGAGGGCUGCGGUGGCUUGGCGUCGGUAAGAAUGUGGUGCAACGCCGUGGCUGCAGCCCGACAGUUGCCGAGGUUCUGGAGCGAAAGCCUGGAUUAACCAUCUGCUGCAACGCCUGCGACAUGGGCUGCAGGAACAAGUGCCAUCCAGACAUUCGUUUUCUUCAGUAGAUGUGCUGCAAUGCCUGCAACAUCGGCUGCAGGAACAAGUGUCAUCUAGCCAUUCGUUUUCUUCAGUAGAUGUGCAGGAUUAACCAAACCAUCUGUGGUAGUGCCUGCGAGGCAGCAACAUGGGUUGCAGUAUAAGUGUCGACAGAACAUUCAUUUUCUUCAGUAUGUGUUGUUAUUGCCAUUUGAAUUGAUACUGUAAUGCCCAAUUUUACUUUUGAUUAAACAUGUACCAUUUGUGCUCUA